UGCCCACCGCCACASAGACUCAAGCUGGCAUCUCUCGAGGGCAGCCCCAUCUCCAGCCCAGUCCGGUCCCGUCCAGGGUGUUGGGAGCUGAUCGUAUCUCUCUGCUUCAGUUCACCCGACCUCUGACAGAGAGCCUCACAGCCCUGAUGCCUUUCUGCUGACUGCGCUGAACUCUCAGGGCAACUCCGGGCAUCGUCUGCUGGAAGGAGCAACAAACAAACACACCUGUGGAUCAUCUCAAGGAGGAGAAGCGAGGAACCACUGGAGGAUACGUGCUCUUGUGGAACCCGAGUUGAUCUCAUCAACAUCGACACAGACGAAGGAACAAGACCCCAACAUUUCACAGCAACACAAACUGUUUUCUUUCUUGUGGGACAUUGAUUUGACUCUGGACCCCAAGCUUACGUAAAACCAAGACAAAUCCAUUUGAUUCAAGCAGCCCCUUCCAUCAUGGCAACCACGGGCAUGCAGCUGAUGGGCCUGAUCUUGUCCAUUGUAGGCUGGGUUGGUGGUGCAGUKGUCUGUGCCAUCCCCCUGUGGAGGGUCACUGCUUUCAUAGGCAACAACAUAGUGACGGCUCAAAUCAUCUGGGAAGGCCUGUGGAUGAAUUGCAUAGUGCAGAGCACAGGUCAGAUCCAGUGCAAGGUGUAUGAUAGCUUACUGGCUCUGCCCAGCGACAUGCAGGCCGCCCGCGGCCUCACUGUGUUCUCYGUCCUGCUCUGUGGCGUYGCUCUGGCUCUGGGGGUCCUCGGAGUCAAGUGCACCAAAUGCAUAGGCGUCAACAGCCUCAAGGCMCGCAUCGCUCGCAUUUCUGGUGCCAUGUUUGCCAUCGCAGGGUUCCUUUACCUCGUUCCUGUCUGCUGGACGGCCCAUUCCAUCAUCAGGGAUUUCUACGACCCACACGUGGCGGCUCCACACAAGCGAGAGCUCGGCCCUGCCCUCUACAUCGGCUGGGUGGCGUCAGCUUUGCUCCUGAUCGGUGGUUCUCUGCUCUAUGGGGGGUCCAGUCCCCCUGGAAUCCCAGGUUCUCCCACCUUCAGCAGUGGAGAAAGCAGUCCCCGUAGAGCUCCCGCAACACAGGUCAAAGGUUACGUCUGAAACACCUCAAGAUCUUCAAAUGCACCCCAAGUGWUGACAUUAUGACUCAUUUUUGCUCCUCUUGAGUUCACUCCUUUUCAUAAUUAUACAUAUAAUGUUUCUCCAGUUUACUUUUUUCUUUAAAAAAGCUACAUGAAUCUUUUUAGAGAAAAUGUAAUUUUUUUAUGAUUUCAUACCCAAUUCUUUUGAAUAACAGUUUUUUCUGUCUGUCCAAUACAAUAAAAGUUGUAUCCUCUAAUGAGGAAAAUUGUGUGUGCACAUUUUUACAGAUAUAAAAUCUCUUUUGAAAAA